AGACUAUAAAAGUCGCAUGAUUCUUCUCAGCUCUUCAUGCACUUACUCGGUUCUUCUAAGUGGCUCCACUGUUGGGUGACCAGAACACGAGAAUGAGUGCUAAAAAGUCUCCUGAAGAACUAAAGAACAUUUUCAAAAAAUAUGCAGCCAAAGAAGGUGAUCCAGACCAGCUGUCAAAGGAUGAGCUGAAGCUAUUGAUUCAGGCUGAAUUCCCCAGUCUACUCAAAGUUGUAAGCAGCCUAGAUGACCUCUUUAAAGAACUGGACAAGAAUGGAGAUGGAGAAGUUAGUUUUGAAGAAUUCCAAGUGCUAGUCACAAAGAUAUCCCAGUGAAGAAAACAACAUCCUAAGCCCUGGAAAUCUUUCUGAUGUGGAAUUACUAACAUCUCUGGUUGAAUUCUUUGAUUAUAAUGAUCUGACUAUGAGGCUCCAGUUAUAGUU